AUGAGUAAGCAUACAUUUUUAUGGAAAGGAGGUGGUAAACAAGUUUUUGUAACAGGAACGUUUUGGAAUUGGGAGAAAUUUGAUGAAUUAUUAUAUGAUUCAGACACUGGUAUUUUUCAAGUAACGGUUCAGAUUCCUAUGGAGUAUGACAAUUCUAAAAUAUAUUAUAAAUAUAUUGUUGAUUCACAAUGGCUUGUUGAUCCAGAAAUGCCUCAAGAGGCAGAUGAUAGCGGAAAUAUAAAUAAUGUGUUUUUUUAUACUAUAAAUAAAGAUGCUUUAUCUUAUUAUGAUGAUUCUCAAAAACUUAAUACCCAAGGAAGUCUUUUAACGAUAUUUCAACAUGAUUCCUCUGAUACUAUUAUUUCCACUUCAGAUAUGGUUAAAACUAUCUAUUCUGAAUCUCAGGAAAAAAUGGAUAUAGAAAAGCAAGAAAAUAAUGAAGAAGAAAUUACAGAUAAUUCUAAGAAAACUUUGUUCGAAACUUGUAGUAUUUUAAAGUCUGAUAUGUUUUCUUUUAAACAAGCUUUUCAAGAUGUAGCGUCUGAUGAAAAAUAUUUUGGGAAAAGUAUAGAAAAUAUAAUAAAUAUGGAAAACACAAAUUUUAGUUCAGAGGUUUCUGAAAAUAUUGCAAAAUGUGUUGAAAAUACUUUAUUUUCAUCUAUUAAAAAAAGUUCUACUUCUGUUUCGAGUGUUUCAGAAAAUAUCUCAUUUUUUUCUCAUAGUUCUAACUGUGGAAUAUCAGAUUUAAUAGAUACUGAUAAUGUAUCACUUUUUUCAAAACAACCUAAUCAGGAAUUUUUAAAAAAUAUUACUCAAAAAUCUCCAACUAUCCAAAAUACUCUCGAUAACGUAAAAACUUCAGAAAUAGAAAUUAGUAAUGAGUCCCAAUUGUUAUUUAACAAUGAAAAUCAGAGCAGAUUGUUUUCAAAUAAUGAUACUGUGCAAAAAUUGUUCUCUACGAAUCAUGAUAUGUUUUUAAGUAAUUUUGAGAAAGAUUCUCAAGAUAUACUUAAAAAAGGAUAUCAGGUUUUUCAGUCUUUGGAUAAUGAUAAAAAUAAUAAGACUGAUUUAUUUGUGGAAAGAGUAGAUAAUGAAUUUCUUAAUAAUAUUGAUUUUAAAUCUGCUUCAUUAAAUAAUACAGACCAAAAAGUGUAUGAUGAGUCAAGUCUCAUUACUAAUAAGAUUGAUUUUUCUUUUUUAAAUAUUGUAAGUACUGCUCAUGAAACUAUAAAAGGAUUAAUUGCAUCAUCUGGUAUUUGUGGUGAUAUUUGUGCUUUAACUGACGAUGCUCAUGUUGAUCAAGAUAGAAAUUCUAGUAUUUUUAAUUUAAAUUCUGAAGAAUUUCUAGAUAAUAAUCAAACUAAUAUUAUAAGUGAUACAAAAAGGGCUUUAAUACAUCAGAGUGGAUCUUUACAAGCUUCUGAUAUAUUGGGGAAAAGGAAACGUUUUUUUUCGAGACUUAGACGAUUUUUUUUCUAG